AUGUCUGCAACCCAGCUGCUCAACCCCAAGGCGGAGUCCCGGCGGCGUGGAGAUGCUUUGAAGAUCAACAUCGGCGCUGGAGAAGGCCUUCAAGAUGUCCUCAAGUCCAAUUUGGGCCCCUCAGGAACACUUAAGAUGCUGGUGGAUGGUUCAGGCGGAAUCAAACUGACCAAGGAUGGAAAUGUCUUGCUCCGAGAAAUGCAAAUUCAAAACCCCACAGCUGUUAUGAUUGCUCGGGCCGCUACAGCUCAAGAUGACAUUACCGGUGAUGGCACAACUUCGGUCGUGCUGUUGGUUGGAGAACUCCUGAAGCAGGCUGAGCGUCAUAUUUCGGAAGGAUUACACCCCCGAGUCAUUACCGAUGGCUAUGAAAUUGCUAAGACUGAGGCCCUGAAAUUCCUCGACAAAUUUAAGCUGGAGCGUGCCAUUGACCGAGAGUUGCUUUUGUCGGUCGCUCGUACCUCUCUCUCGACUAAGCUUAACCAUGCCCUUGCCGAGAAGCUCACCCCUGACAUCGUCGAUUCGGUCCUUGCCAUUCACCGCGCUCCCGAGAAGCCAGACUUGCACAUGGUAGAGAUCAUGACUAUGCAACACCGCACAUCUGCCGACACCCAACUCAUCCGUGGGUUGGCUCUGGACCACGGUGCUCGCCACCCUGAUAUGCCCAAGCGUGUAGAGAACGCAUUUAUCUUGACGCUGAAUGUCAGCUUGGAGUACGAGAAAUCCGAGAUCAACUCUGGAUUCUACUAUUCCACCGCCGAACAGAGAGACAAGCUGGUGGAGAGUGAGCGCAAGUUCGUUGAUGCUAAGCUGCAAAAGAUUGUUGACCUGAAGAAGCAAGUUUGCGGCAAUGACCCGAAGAAGGGAUUCGUCGUAAUCAACCAAAAGGGUAUCGAUCCUCUUAGUCUAGAUGUGCUCGUCAAGAACGGCAUCAUGGCUCUGCGGAGAGCUAAGCGCAGAAACAUGGAGCGUCUACAGCUGGUUUGCGGUGGCGUUGCCCAAAACAGCGUUGAAGACAUGACUCCCGAUGUUCUUGGCUGGGCUGGUCUAGUCUACGAGCACCAACUUGGUGAGGAGAAGUUCACAUUUGUCGAAGAGGUCAAGGACCCCAAGUCUGUUACCAUUCUCAUCAAGGGUCCCAACCAGCACACCAUCGCCCAGGUCAAGGAUGCCGUUCGUGAUGGUCUGCGCUCUGUCUAUAACACCAUUGUUGACGGCUGUGUCAUUCCCGGCGCUGGUGCUUUCCAAGUUGCUUGUGCUGCACACCUUAAGUCUGACGCCUUCAGCAAGACUGUUAAGGGCAAGGCUAAGUGGGGCGUGGAAGCAUUUUCUGAUGCACUUUUGGUCAUUCCCAAGACUCUCGCAGCCAACUCUGGUCAUGACGUUCAGGACUCACUGGCUGAGAUGUUGUACGAGGGCAAGGAUGGUAAGAUAGUCGGUCUGGAUCUGAACACUGGCGAGCCCAUGGAUCCCAUUCAGCAGGGCGUGUUUGACUCAUACCGUGUCUUGCGGAACUGUGUGGCCUCUAGCACUGGUAUCGCAUCCAAUCUUCUGCUCUGUGACGAGUUGUUGAAGGCUCGCCAGAUGAGCAAGUCUGGUGGCCCUGGAGGUAUGGAGGAGUAA